AUGGGCUACAUUAUUGUGAUAUCUUUACCAGUUAUAUUGUUCUUCUUGAUUACUGCUAUUGCCUGCUACCUGUUUGGAAGGGCCCGAGGCCGACAGCAGAGUACUGGGCUUUCUUAUGGGCCUCCAGCACCAGCUCCACCCCCGUUUGGCCCACAAUUUUCAGGCCCAGACAAGAGCCUCUCCAUCGUCGCCUCUUCAUCUUCCCGCCGCCCCCCGCGAAACUCGCCUUUCUUGGAGUCGAAGCCCCCCCUCCCGGUGUAG